AUGUCGGAUAUACUUUAUAGGGCUACUAAGUACAUGAACGUGGAAGACGCAUUGCUAGCCCGAGAAGAGAAGCCCAAGAAGAGGGAGAGACAAGAGGAUGCACACCAAGAUAGGGGAUGGAAGAUGCAAAUGAGGAUUGAGCGGGAGUUACUGGUUCCAACUAACGCGUCGCUUGUCGGAUUCGGAGGAAUGAGAGUAUACACCCUCAGUGUGGUCACAUUGCCCAUGAUGGCUAUAACUUUAACUUACCACCUGAUGAUCAAGUUCCCCACCGAGUACGGAGUGGGAGAGGUACGAGGGGACCAAGUAGCAGUGUACGAAUGCUACAUUGCCAUGUUGGAGAUGGACGAUCACUUACAAACCUUGUGUAAAGAAGAACAACAGAUGGUGGCAGAACUUGUGGAAGGUUUGGAAAAGAUUGUUAUCUUGGUGUAUUCAAUAGCGAGACACCAGUUGUUGAGCUUUAUGGACUCGUUUUCUGGCUGCAACCAGAUCAAGAUGGAUGAGGCUGAUCGAGAAAAGACCUUAUUCAUCACCAGCCAAGGGCUUUUCUGUUACAAAGUGAUGCAAUUUGGACUCAAGAAUACGGGUGUUACGUAUCAAAGGUUGAUGAACAAGAUGUUCACACAUCAGAUUGGGAGGAACAUUCAAGUCUACGUAGACAAUAUGUUGGUAAAAAGCCAACAGGAAGACGACCAUCUAGAAGACCUUAAGGAAACCUUUGAUACCCUUCGCUCUUACAACAUAAAGCUAAAUCCAAAAAAAUGCGCAUUCGGGGUGAUGGCUGGAAAGUUCCUAGGGUUCAUGGUGUCCUAG